AUGGCAGCAAACGACGACACCGUCAGGCGCGAUUCCGUGAAUAGCUACACCAGCGGCCCGCAAACCCCACAGGGCGCACUCGGUCGCUAUCAGACUCAGACGCGCCAGCAAAUGAGUCCGCAGAUGAUGGCCCAGUACUUGCGCCCUCUGGCCAUGUCAACUCAGUCACAGUCGCCCCCAACCACUAUGCAAGCGCAGCCUCCCACUUCCGAGGAGGCUCAGGCACGCCUGAACCGCCAAUUUGCCCUGUUUGGAAUGGCCUACUUCCAGAGGUUGGACCCGCAGGCAAAGCAACAGUUCCAACAGUUGCCUUCCCAGAAGCAAAACGAGAUCGUUAGGAACGCGAUCGAGAAACGUAAACAGCAAGAGAUUCAGAAGGCGCGCGAGCAGCGGAUGGCGCAACAACAAGCAGCGCAACAACAGGCAGCACAUCAACAGGCAGCGCAACAGGCACACUUCAAGAACUUCGUACAGCAAUACGUCAACUCGUUCAAUCCUGAGCGAUCGCUCCAGUUCAGACAGUUGCCCGAACUGCAGCAAGGGCUGCAUCUUCGCAAUGUCUACAAGCAAAGAAUGCAAAACGCACGGCAGCUACAUCAGCAGAAAAUGCAACAAAUGCAGCAGCAUCAACCAGCCCGGCAGCUACAGCAGGUGUUGCAGCCGCAACAGCUCGCGCAACAGCCUCAACGUAUUCUGCAAGCUCCACAAGCUCAGCCACAUCGACAGCCGCAGGCGCAACGUAUUCUGCAAGCUCCACAAGCUCAGCAAGAUCAGGAGCCGCAGACACAACGUAUUCAGCAAACACAACCGGCGCCUCAGCUGAAGCGGCCUCGUUCUGACGACGAUGAGCCAAGCCCAGCCAUCAAGGUAGCCAAGGUCGCGCAGCCAACUACAGAGCAGCAGCCGAAGAACACAGAGGAUCCGGACGAUCAGAGACUGAGCUCACAACCUGGCUCGCUUCCAAGCAGGCUGAGGAAGAAGCUCAGAAGAGCGAGCAGUCUGCGGAAUUGCACUGGCAGAUGA